ACUGGUGGACCUGCUACCACUGUCACUUGGACCAGAGACUCCACCACUGUCACCCAAGGAACCCAGACUGUGUUAAAUGACGCAGUGACUGCACAGUACACCCACACUCUGACUGUGACUGCUUUCGGAGCAUACACAUGUAAUGUGUCUAAUAACAAGCCAUCAUCUUAUUCAGCUAGCAUCACAUUAGAUCUUUCACCUCCCACUGGUGUGUCAGCAGCC